UGGUGAGCAAACAUACAGCUCACCAUUUUUUGUUUUUAAAACACGGCCAACUUAGGAACUCGUUUUCGCAGAAAUGAAAUUAGAAAGUAUUACACCGCCACAAGCUACAAGGCUUUCUCGCAAAAAUGACAUCUGUAUAUAUCUCAGCAUUGAUGCUGUACCGUAUUCCAAGAUAUGGCGAUGGCAUUAAAUAAGCUUGCGUACACAUCUUAAAAUAUUCCAAGAUAUGGAGAUGACCUGAACACAUUAAAUUAGUUUGUUUUGCGUAUAUGAAGUCUCACCGUAUCAAUCGACUCCAAGCUCUGGCACCCAACCACAACAACGCCCUGCCAUGGCCACCACCGCCACAACCACCAACCGUCCUGCCACCGCAGCCAGCCAUGCCGGGAACGGCUCCUCCGGCGGCCGCGGCCGCGAUCACAUCGUCGUGUUCCCGUUCAUGGCGAAGGGGCACACACUCCCCCUGCUCCACUUCGCCACGGCACUCUCGCUGCACCGCAAGGACAUCCGCAUCACCAUGGUCACCACGCCUGCCAACGCCGCCUUCGCCUGCAGCCGGCUCCCCGCGACUGUACAACUCGCCGUGCUCCCGUUCCCGUCGCUCCCGCCGCUGCCGCCGGGCGUCGAGUCCACGGACGCCCUGCCGGAUCCGUCCCUCUACCCGACGUUCCUGCGCGCCACGGCGCUCCUCAGGGCGCCCUUCGCGGAGUUCAUGGCGUCGCUGAUCCGUUAUAAUUCCCCGCCGCUCGCGCUCGUCUCCGACUUCUUCCUCGGGUUCACGCACGGCGUCGCGGCCGAAGCCGGCGUCCGCCGCGUCGCGUUCAGCGGCAUGUCCUGCUUCGCCACGGCCAUCUGCAAAUCGCUCGUCGUAAACCACCUAUCAUCGCCCAGCGCCAGGGCUGCCGAGCAGGGCACGGGCGCUCGCUUCCACGUGUCUGGUAUGCCGGAGCACGUAAAGAUCACGCCCGAGGAGAUCCCGGAGGUGGUAGCCAAGAUCGCCGACGACCCGGAGGACCCGGUGGUCCGGUUCGUUAUCGACGACAUCGGCGAGUCGGACGCGCGCAGCUGGGGCGUCCUGGUCAACAGCUUCGCCUCGCUGGACGAGGACUACGUGGCGCCGCUGGAGUCCUUCUACCUUCGGCCGGACGCCCGCGCCUGGCUGGUGGGCCCGCUGUUCCUCGCCGCCGGCGAAAUGACAGAGCGCGACGCGGAGCUGGACCCCGAGGGAUGCCUCCCCUGGCUCGACGAUAAGGCAGAGGAAUCGGUGGUCUACGUGUCGUUCGGCACGCAGGCCCCGCUCGCCGACGCGCAGCUGGACGAGCUGGCCCACGGGCUGGUGCGGUCGGGCCACGGUUUCCUCUGGGCCGUCCGGUCCGGCACGUGGUCGCCGCCCGUGGACCCGGGGCCCAACGGGCGGAUCGUCCGGGGGUGGGUGCCGCAGAGGAGCGUGCUGGCCCACCGCGCGGUGGGAGGCUUCGUGAGCCACUGCGGGUGGAACUCGGCAAUGGAGAGCCUCGCGGCCGGGAAGCCCGUCCUGGCGUGGCCGAUGAUGGCCGAGCAGCACCUGAACGCCAACCACGUCGCGGACGUCAUUGGCGCCGGCAUCAGGAUCGACGAAGGCGCCAAGGCUGGCGGCGUCGUGGAGAGGGCGGAGGUGGAGCGGAAGGUGAAGAGGAUGAUGGACGGCGGCAGCGAAGAAGGGCGGAGGAUUCGGGAGAGGGCCGCCUGGGCGCAGCAGGCGGCCCAGUCAGCGGUGUCUGACGGUGGCACGUCACGGGUCGCGUUGCUGGAACUUGUCCAAGAGCUGCAGGGGAGCUACUGUGAUGUCAUCGCACGGAAAAAAGAAGCACUGAUCUGACGGUUUCUGGUGUGGUAGCGUUUCGUUUCCGUUGCUUCUCUCUCUUUUGGGCUGGUUCGGUGGACCAUGAUGUCGGGCCAAACUAAAAUACCAUGAACAGGCAUGACACGAUAAAUGUGGGUUACGAUCCAAAAUAAGUUAUACAGUUGAAUUCAUAUUUUUUUUAUGAUGAAUAUAACAUAUUUUAGUUGUCUAA